AUGACUGAAAGCCCAAAAAGGUUGCCCAGCUACCGCAUAUACCCGCACACUUUUGCACCUACUCAUCCUCUAGGCAUCAAGCCCUCAGGAAAUGCCUUUUUCGAAGAAGACCUGAAAGAAGUAGAGAAGCAUAAACAGAAGUUACUCGGUAAAUUUGGGAAAUUCCCAGAAGAUCUAUUGAUACAUUUGAUCUCAUUUAUCGAGUCACCUCGUGAUUUGCUGGCUCUGGGGAGUGCAUCCAGAGUUUUCUAUGCUUAUACGUACAGUGAAGAGUUGUGGAGAAAGUUUUAUGUUGAUGAGUUCACCCGCCUAGAGGAAAACCAAGAUCCAGCGAGUACCUCACCUUGUCCUUUUGAUUGUAAGAACUGGAAGGGAUCUUGGAGAAAAACCCUUUUGAAAACAGAUGUAGAAGCUUUAGUGAAGACUAAUGGCCUUGUUUUUUCUGACUAUUUGUAUAGGCCCUAUCAAUGCUCUCAAAUAGACUUUGAAUACCUAUUCAGAAAGGUUGUUGAUCUCGAGGCCAAAUCUAGAGACUUGGGACACACUUUGAAUUCGGAUUUUGGGGUAGCGAGGAUCGAUGAGGCUGCGUUAACGCUUCAAGAUUUUGAAGUGCAUCAUAUCAACAAGCCAUUUAUUCUACAGAGUAGUUCAAGGGCUGAAAGAUGGCCUCAGUGGAACUUGAAAAAUCUUGUCGACAAAUUCGGAAACACAAAGUUCCGCCAAGAAGCUGUCAAGUGGACUUUGUCUUUUUACUCGGAUUACUUUAGCCAAAACUACGAUGAAUCGCCACUUUACCUGUUCGAUUGCAACAGCGUUGCGAUACAAGCUUUAAAAAAAGAGUACGAGGCUCCCAAAAUCUUUCAAAAUGAUUUGUUCAAGGUAUUUCAAGAGGGAGAGGUUCAGUGCAGGCCUGAUCACAGGUGGCUUAUUAUAGGUCCACAAGGGAGUGGAUCGACGUUCCAUAAAGACCCUAACUACACCUCUGCAUGGAAUACUGUUCUAACAGGGAAAAAGUUGUGGAUCAUGCUUCCACCAGAUGUGAAGCCUCCUGGUGUGUCCACUGAUGAAGAUGAAGAAGAAGUAACCUCCCCGAUUGGAGUCGCAGAAUGGGUCCUGUCAGGUUUUUACAAUGAUGCUGUGAAAUUAGCUCAGGAUGGCAAAUGCCUCAUAACUGUCACGUUUCCUGGCGAGUGCAUUUACGUGCCAUCCGGAUGGUGGCACACCGUCAUCAACCUUACAGAUUCUGUGGCUUUAACAGAGAAUUUCGUGCCCGAACCAGUAUUGCCCAAGACAUUGCUGUUUUUUAGUUCUAAGAGAAGGCAGUUAUCUGGGUUUCACUUAGAGGAUACUCUGAAAGCUUUGAGAAAAUUCUUGGAAAGUAACAAGCCAACAGAAGACCCAGAGUCAAGAUCAAAUUUCUAUAAAAUCAAAAAAUUUCUUACAAACUGUGAGAAUCAACAAAUCGACAAUAGAGAUUGUGGUCUCUCGGAAUCAGAUCCAGAAUUACCUAUAUUCGAGUUUUUCGUUGAGCUACUAAGGCUAUCAAAAUUCGGAGCCAAUUUAGACAGCGCACUAGCUUCAAUGCGCGCAAUGAAAUCAGAAGCUGAAAGAGAGAGCCAAAAAUUGGUUACCCCUGCAACAAAAAUAUCCGGAACAUGGACCGCGCUUGCGGCAGAAUCCAAAAACGCUUUCAGUUUUGGUUUCGAUCUUAAUUGA